GUUCGAUAACAAUUAUACAAACAAUCUACACUUAAAUGUGGAGUCUAUUAAGUCUAAAAUAGCGAACAUUGGCUAAAUUACAUCGAACUUGAAAUGCUUAGCAUUUCACGUUAUAAAUAUGCAGCUGGCUUCGGACGACAGGUCAAGAAACACAGGGGUGUCGCUAUUCUGGCCAAAGAUAGAGUUCCGCUCAAAAAAAUGGAUGUAUCUAGAUACAACAAAAAACUGGACUGUGAACUAGGGUGUGCUUCCCACUCACUGAGCUUUUGGAAAACUGAGUUCCGGAUAAUAGAGGUUCGACGGUCUGUAUUAAUUAAAGACUGUCCACGAAAAUAAUUGGCCACUGACAUUGAGAACUCAGAAAUGUCCUUUCGGAUAAGUGCAAAAUCCUUGGAAAUUUCAAAGUCGACGAUGUAAAAUGUUUUGAAUAACUUCAGUUAAGAGGACUCCAUAGCCACGAUUGUUAUGGGAUUUAUAAUGUUAAGUUGCGAACAAAUAUCUUAUUCAAAUGAUCAUCUAUCUACAUCAGUUUUUUUUUUAUAUAUAUAUUUUAUCUACAAUCUAACCGAGCAAUUUUGUAAUAUUCGAAUUUUAAGCCACUAAAAACAAUUUUUGAAAAAAAUGUGUUUGAGGCGAAAUACUUUAACCAUUAUUACACAGCUUCCAAUAAUGUUAUAAAAAUUUCCCUGACUUAUUUUGUAGAUAUACUAAUUCUACACUCGGUGGCAAAAUUUCACAACAAUGUACCAAUAAUUGUGGCUAGAAUUUGAUCGCAAUUAUUUGCAACGUUUUAGUCCAUUCAUAAAUGUACGAAUUCUAUCCUUGUUUUCAUCUCGUAUUUGGGUAUAAACUCGUCCUUCUUGUGGACACAAUGGAAAAUGCUUUCCGAAUUACUCGUACUUUACCUGCUUUGGACCUCAUCCUCUGUACAGGUGCAGCGGGGGUGGUCCUAUUUACCACAAAAUAUUUUCAUGAAAUAAGUAUAACAUUACGAGUAGACCGCAUAGCCCUGUACCUGACAUUUUCCUAAAUAUGGCCAAGAGAAACGCUUGUAGAAAACGUCUAACCCUACGAAAAAAACGUCGUGGAAAUCCACAGAAUUUUAUAAGAAAAUCACAAAAUGAUGAAAAUAAGAGUGUCGGUUCAUCUUCUGUUUCUGACCGUCCCCUUGAUUUUCCGCAAGCGACAGUUAUUCCCGAAAAUUUGAGCGAAACUUGCAACAGUUCGACAGAUGUAUUUACUGGACUUUAUGACUUAGUUCAAGGAAAUCGCAUCAUAAAUGUUCCAUACUUCCUAGAACAACUGAGGAGAAUCUGCGAACAUGGAAAACGUUUUGGUUGUUUUUUUAUAAAUUUAACGCUAAAGCAAGAAAUCAGAACAGGACUUGUAUCUAAAUACAUUUUAAAAUGUGAAAUGUGUCAAGAUGUUUUCUAUGUACAUUCUCAAGAAACAAAUGAAACCAUUGAUCUAAAUACUUUAGCUGUCAAAGGCAUUGCAAGCAUCGGAGGUGGAUACUCAAAUUUAGAAGAGUUUUUGGGAUGUCUAGAUAUACCUUGUAUGGCGGAAGGAACAUAUCAGAAUAGACACGAAACGGUUGCUCGUGCAUGGGAACAAACAGCUAUGAUCCAAAUGAAGGCAGCGGCGGAGGAAGAAAUCCAGCAUGCUAAAAAAACUGGAUCUGUAGACAACAACGGUGUUCCUCUUGUUGAGGUAGUUGUGGAUGGCGCGUGGUCAAAGAGAUCAUAUAGAACCAAGUAUAACGCUCUAUCAGGUGUUGCAACAAUAAUCGGAAAUCACACUGGAAAGGUUUUAUACGUUGGUGUCAAAAAUAAAUACUGUGUGCAUUGCGACCGGGGCGAAACAAAAAAAAGCCCUCACAUUUGCACGAAAAAUUUGUCUGGAAGUUCCACAAGUAUGGAGUCGGAAAUAUUAGUGCAGGGUUUCAAAUCUAGUUUAGCUAUGUACGGAAUUAAAUAUCACAGAUUAAUUGGCGACGGUGAUAGCAGUGUCUACAGCAAAAUUGUUGAAGCCAGACCGUAUGUCGACACUACGGUCGAAAAAAUCGAGUGCCGCAAUCAUUUGUUGCGGAAUUACAGUACAAAGCUAAAAGAUCUAACCACCAACACCAAAUUUAGUUGCAAAGAAAGGAAGCUGCUGGAAUCUCGACUGUUGCGGUUGCGAAGUGGAGUGAAGGGCGCUAUCCAGCAUAAUAAACAAGUAGCGAAUUCAAUUAAAAAUUUACGAGAAGAUAUUUUGAAUGGUGGGGCUCAUGUCUUUGGCUGCCAUUCUAAAUGUCGCGAGUAAUUUUGUAACAAACCAGAUGAGGACAAUAUCUUUGAAACACUAUCUCCAGUUUUCAAAACGAAAAUAAUGGAAAUUAUAAGAAGACUUGCAAAUCAUGCGAGAAGUUUGCUGCAUGACGUGGACAGUAAUGUUGUUGAGCACUACAAUUCAAUUGUUGCUAAAUUUAUUGGAGGAAAGCGAAUAAAUUAUGCAUUCAAAAAUUCGUAUUCGGCUCGUUGCUACGCAGCAGUAGUAAGUCACAAUACCAGCAUGGCACAUACGUUUUUUAAAAAAGUGCUUCUGCCCCAUAGCAAACAUGGGCAAAUUAUCAGUCGAAUAGAAAGUAGACGAAAAAUGAAAUGUUCGAGACGGAAAACAAUGACGAAGAGGAAGACAUUCGCACCAAAAACGAGCAAGAUGAAUACAAGGCAACCCGAUAAAGACUAUGGAUACGAAUGCCAGAAAGCAGAUAUGGACCCUGAGACGUUUCAGAUUGCGGCGGCCGAAUUUCUAGAAAACCUCCAACGCAGUGAGCAAGAAAAAAUUCAACUCGAAGAAAAAACUCGGUUACAAGACGAAAAUGGGCUAUGGAUGGAGGAAAGAAGAAAGCUGGUAACAGCAUCCAACUUCGCCAAAAUUUGUAAAAGAAAAAAAAAUCGGGACACAUCGAAAUUAGUACAAAAUAUUUUGUAUAGUUCAAGAAAUUUGGGAAACAUUGCAUCAAUUAGACAUGGGAAAGACCAUGAAGACGAAGCAAUAACUGUACUUGAAAACGUGGAAAAAAUCAAAAUAAAAAAAUGUGGUAUUUUUAUUCAUAAGAGAUACCCAUUCAUUGGUGCAUCGCCCGAUUGAUUAGUGGGGGACGAUACAAUAGUGGAAAUAAAAUGUCCAUAUGCAACAUUUAAAAGCGAAAUGACAAUAGAAGAAGCUAUUAUUGCGAAAAAAAUUACAUUUUGGAGAUGCAACAAAAAUAGGGAAAUCGAAAUAAAUCGAAAACAUGAUUGGUUCUUCCAAGUACAAGGACAACUACAUGUUACUGACAGAAAACAAUGUAUUUUAUUCGUUUGGGCUGGGAAAUCAUUUUAAUUGGAAUACAUUCAACGAGACGAAGAGUUCUGGAGUUCUCAAAUGGAAACAAAUCUACUAGAAUUUUACAAAAAGGCUUUAUUACCCGAAUUAGUAGAUCCUAAGCGAACAAGGAAUUUACCUCUGCGAAACAUUAUUCUAUGAAAUACUACCAGUUUCAAUUAUUCAGUCAACAAUUUUUUACGCAUUAAUGUAUCAUAAUAUAAUAGUAA